AUGAAAACCCUCAGACGAUUCCGACCGACCGACCGGAACUUGCCCGCAUUCGAACCAGCGAAUCCAAAGGCACCGAGAUACAGUCUAGAGGGACUGCUACCCGAGCGCCAGGACGGCUUGCAUCGGAUCGCCAAGAACUACGAAAAGCUGCAGAAGAUCGAGCGCGAGUUUGACUGGUUGAUAUCCAGGAAGCGGUUCGAGAUCGAGGACUCGCUACGCAGACCCCAUGGCGUCCAGCGACGGCUGAGGAUCAAGGUCUGGAACACCGUCGCCAAUCAGCCCUGGCAACUGGAAUCUACUGGCACAGAAAAUAAGAGCGAGACGCGUCCAUCUAGCGACGAGGGUGGCGAAGACGAAGAAGCAGACGCUAAAGAAAAGGAAAGCAAGAAGGACGGUCAGGAGCAGAAAGAGGGGGAGGAAGACCAGGAGGAGCGAAAAGAAGACAACGAUCAAGAUGACGCCGAUCAGCAACCCAAGCAGCCUGCAGCUCCCGCCAUCAACUUUAACGCUGGCGAAGGGGUGCCCAAAUGGACCUUACACAUCGAAGGCCAUCUAAUUGAUCCGAAGAACGACUCGGACCAUCCCAUGGAUGCCGGCGAGUCGUCGGAGCCCGGGUCUGCACAGCAGCCUAAGAUCGACGAGACCCGGCGGCCGUUCUCGACGCUUCUGAACAGUCUGCUGAUCAAGAUCGACCGGUCCGACGAGCUAUACCCGGAGCCGAACAUCGUCGACUGGCACCGCCCGCCAACACCGACCCCCAUCGGCGCCGCGCCCGCCUUCUCAGCCAUCACCCUCACCCGCAACGGCACCGAGGACUGUAACCUCCAGAUCGCCCUCCAUCUCAACCAUUUCCCCCGCAGGUUCAGACUUAACCCUAUCCUCGGGUCCUUCUUGGAUCUCCAGGAGGCCUCCUUGGACGAAAUCUUCGAGUCCAUUUGGUGCUACAUCAAAAAAAAUAAACUCAUCGAUUCCGGCGCCGACAAACGGCUCAUCCGGAAAGAUUCUAACCUGGCUUGUCUAUUUCCUCAAAACGUCGAUCGAAUGCUGUUCCAUCAACUCUUUGAACAAGUCCGAAAGUAUAUGACCAUUCCUGAGCCGGUGAUAAUCGAUUACCAAGUCAAGGUUGAUAAAGAGGAUCAGGGCCGGGCCGAAUACUUUGAUAUCCAGUUCUCGAUCGAAGACCCAGCCAAAUUACAUCUCCUCACGAUCCAGAACCAGUUGGAAGACAUCAAAGUUGCCAGUCUCCACCAACCCCGGCCGGAUAACCCGAUCAAUCCGACCAAGGAGAUCCUAGCCAUAGAUGAACAAAUCAUGGACUCGAUGUCCAAGAUCAGGGAAGUGAAGAUCCGACGAGACUUUUACCAACAGUUCACGCGGGAUCCAAUCGGCUUUAUCGAGGAAUGGAUCCGCUCACAAUCAUCAGACCUGGAGGUCUUAUUCGGGCUGGACAAGGGAGGCGAAGGGACGAGUGUGGAGACGGCGUUGAGCGCGAAGAAGCGGAAGCGGGGGGACGACGACGGGCUGAACGAGGCCGAGCACGAGAAACGGUACGCGAAGUUCUACCACCAACGCUGGGUCGACGACGCGCUCCAGAUCUACCAGUCGCGCGAGUUCAACGGGCGCGUUCACCAGGCCUCCCAGAAGCCUUCGACCACCGCCCCUGCUCCCCACCAUCCGCUGGCUAACAAUGGCAACAAUAACGGGCCCACUAACAACGCCCCGAUGUUACUCGUCAAUCCCAACUCCCUUCCCUCCGGCCACAUGCCCCCCAACAGCAACAAUCCUGGCCCGCCGAAUAAUCCCCAGCUCACCCACCUUCCGCAGCAUAUGGUCCACCACCACCACCAACACCUCAAUAACAACAACAACAACAACCAUGUCCCCUUCUCCACCCCCGCCCCGCCCCCUAAUCCUAUGCCUAUCAACGGGCCCCCAGCAAUGCCUCAGCUCGUCAAUAACAACCUCAAUAAUCCUCAAGCUGGCCCGCCUCAUAUGGGCGGUAAUCCGAACGCUACAAAUGGGAUCAGCUUGCGUGGCAAUCGCUGA